AUGAAACUGUACCGCCACAACCAGAAGGGAUACUGGGAGAAGGUGAGCCGAUGGACAAUCCUCAAAUACGAGAAUGACGGCAAGGAAGGCGACAAUAUCGUUGAUGAUGUAUAGUAAGUUUUGACUCUGCUUGUUCCUACGUCGGUGCGCACCAGCAGGGACAAAUGGGCACCCGUCUAUCUACUCUUGUAUAAAGCAACUACCAAUUCCCAAA